UUUCACGUUCUAGUUUUACCACAUUACAAUCAUAGCAAUGGCUCCCGAUAAGAAGGAUAAGAAGCGUAAGGCGCCCGCCGCCGCCGUCGCGCCCGCUGCCGACUCGCCCGCGAAGAAGACCAAGAAAGCCAGCGAGACGACCAAGGAGAAGAGCGCGCCGAAGCCCGCUGUGAAGAAGACUAAGGAUACUGAGGAGAAGCCCGCCGCCAAGGCGAAGAAGGCCAAUGAUGAGAAGCCGACGAGACAGGUCAAGCCUCGCAAGCGUGCGGCUGAUUUCCUGACCGACGAUGAGAGUGCGGCGGAGGAGGCUGUUCCUGUCAAGUCCAAGGCCAAGGUCGAGGCCGAGUCGAAGAAGUCGAGUAACAAGAAGUCCAAGAAGGAGGAUGGUUCCGCUGCUCCCGCCCCGAAGGCCGCUACCAAGACCGCCAGUGCGAAGGCCAGCCCCAAGGCUAGCAAGAAGGUGGAGGUCGCUGAGGAGUCCGACUCCGACUCCGAUGAUGUGUCUGCUGCGCCGGAUGCCGCUGAGAGUGAUGACAAUGAGGAUGAGGAAGAUGACCAGACUGCGGCGCUUAUCAGGGGCUUUGAGAGCAGCGGUGACGAGGACGAGUCUGGAGAUGAGGGUUUCGACCCCAGCAAGCCCGUGCCUAAGAUCCCUGACUCCAAGAAGACGAAGCGCAAGCUCCUGAAGAAGCAGAAGGAGGAGAAGAGUGGUAACUCGGAAGAGCCCGGUACCGUCUACAUUGGUCGUAUCCCCCACGGUUUCUACGAACACCAGAUGCGCGCCUACUUCUCUCAAUUCGGCGAAAUCACCCGUCUGCGUCUCUCGCGGAACCGUCUCACCGGCCGCUCCAAGCACUACGCGUUCGUGGAGUUCAACUCCACCUCGGUGGCCAAGAUCGUCGCCGGAACCAUGGACAACUACCUGAUGUACGGCCACAUCCUGAAGUGCAAGUACGUGCCGGCCGAGCAGCUGCACCCGGAGAUCUGGAAGGGCGCCAACCGCCGGUUCAAGCACACCCCGUGGAACCGCAUCGAGAAGAAGCGACUGGACAAGGGCAAGACGCGGGAGCAGUGGACUGAGCGCAUCGAGCGCGAGCAGAAGAGACGGCUGGCCAAGGCCGAGAAGCUCAAGGCUAUGGGGUACGAGUUCGACAUGCCAGAGCUGAUGAGCGUCGACCAGGUGCCUGUCCAGGAAGAGAAGGAAGAGACCAAGGCCGUCGAGGCUGCUGAGGAGCCGACCAAGGCCAUCGAGGAGGCUCCUGCUGCUGAGAAGGAGACCAAGGAGACCAAGGCUGAUGAUACCCAGAAGAAGUCCAAGAAGGAAAAGAAGCAGCCGGCUUCGGAGCAGGGCACGCCUAAGCAGAGCACUCCUAAGCAGGGUAAGGCGGAGCCGAAAGUCGACGUGACGCCUUCGUCUGCCAGCAAGGCGGCCAAGAAGGGUGGAAAGAAGAGCAAGGCCAAGGCGUAGAUGUCUAUUUCAAUUCCUCUUUGUUUUUAGUGCAUAAUGGUGUAUAUCUCCUAG